AGUUUUACCACCGACGGCGACUGCCAACAGUAUAGACUAUAGAGAAGGAAAGACGUGUGUCAUUUGUACGAAUUUAAGUUACUGUUGAUUUCUUAUUUGUUAGUAUCCAAUUUGUGUGUUAUAGUGAGUGAUGUUAUGUGAAAGCAAGACAUGAAGGUGUAAAUAUUAGGCAAAUUUCUUCCAAACCUGCCAGGAUUUAAAGCAUGCCUGGACUGCAGGAGAAAAGAUUGGAAACGUUUUCAAGUUCUAACAGAAGAGUAUCAAACUCAGGAGGAAUGCCUUACCACAAAACUAGUGUUCAUUCCAAUGGAUACUCUGCCGAUGAGCGAGAGGGAGGAAGUGGUGAGGAUAGUCCCACCUACCUGAUGGAACAUUUAGCCACAUUCACGGUAACCAAGGAGACGGGUAUUGUCUACCCGGCAGAUGGUAUGCGUCGUCUACUGCAGCUGGAGAAGUCCAAUGGUAUCUGGUCACAGAAGAUGCAGCUUCAACUGGACCGCAACUGGGUGCUCAUCAAGGACUACGAGACAGGGCAAGUUAUGGAGCGUUUCCCAGCCUCCCUGAUUCAAGAGCCUACAGCAUUCAUGAGCAACGACCCAAUGGAGAUAUACAACAAUAUCUUGGUUUUCAUUGUCGGGGAAGAACGACAAUCCAAUUCUCACUCAGAGAUGCACAUUUUUCAGUGCCAGAGUAUUUCAUCCCUGGAGCUAGUAGAAGACCUGAAGCUGUUGCGUGUAGGCAAGAUGCCUGGAGGUCGACGUACUCGUCACAUUCCUCCCCCACCCCCCACCCCUCCGCCAGAUCCUCCAAUAAACGGUGUCAAUGUGCGAGAGCAGGUCAACGUUUUCAAUGCUGUAUCUCAUCACCCAGAAGGACGUAGCGGCAGUGAGUUGGGAGGGGGAAGAGACGACGAGACUAGCUCCACGUCUAGUGAGAAGUACGGAAGGGAUGUGGCAGUACUCAACCACUGCUUCGAUGACAUUGAAAAGUUCAUUGCACGUUUGCAGCAUGCAGCAGCUGCUUCCAGGGAACUGGAGAGGAGAAAGAGGAACCGCAAGUCCAAGAGGAAAGACAUGGGAGAUGGCAUGUUGACCAUGAGAGCCAAACCUCCUCCAGAAUCAGAGUUCAUCGACAUCUUCCAGAAGUUCAAACUUUCAUUCAAUCUGUUGGCCAAACUAAAACACCACAUUCAUGAUCCCAAUGCUCCAGAGUUAGUCCACUUCCUGUUCACUCCCUUAGCUCUGAUUGUGGAUGCGUCCCAUGAUACCCACUAUGGCCCCAACCUCCCCAGCAAAGUGGUCUCCCCCCUACUGACUCAGGAGGCGGUCAACUUGCUCAUCAACUGUGUCACUAGCAAAGAAACUGAGCUCUGGCAUUCCCUCGGAGACGCCUGGUUGAUUCCAAGAGAGCAGUGGAAGGGGUAUGCGCCAGCGCCCUACCACCCAGUGUACGAUGGAUACCCAAUGGCUGAGGAGAGAGAACAGGUGGGAGCUGCCAUCGGCUCCGCAGUGGCGUCAGAGGCAAAGAGAACACGUGCUGAAGAAAUCAGAGCUGCUCAGCACGAGGCUGAGUUGCGAGAAGCCCAUUACAACAGGGAGAAAGAAUUAGAUGAUCUUUACAGCAGUGAAUACAUAUACGACGACGAGAGGCAAGAGGACUACUACCCUGGCCGCCAGGACAGAUAUGGACUCCAAGAGAGGGAGUUCUCCCAGAGUCCUGGCGGAUCUGACCCAGAUUUCCCUUCGUCUUCUCAGCCCCCUCGAGACCCGAGCGCUCGAAGUGACAUCUCGGCAGAUUCAAUUGAGCGUAGUGGUCGUGGACCUGGAGACAAAUUUGAGCGCUCCCAAGCUCGUUGGCUAGAGGAGCUUCGCGCUAGUGGUGCCAAAAUAGUCCAAGUGACUUACCCUCGUACAGCGAACAAUGACAAAGAACUCACUGUUAUUAGAGGAGAAUUCUUGGAGGUUCUAGAUGAUAACCGGCAGUGGUGGAAGACUCGUAACAGCCGUGGGCAAGUAGCUCACGUUCCUCACACCAUCGUGACGGCCUACCAUCCUGGAGAACAGGUAAUCUUCAGCAACCCUCUGUAUGCUCAGGGAUAUGAGCAACCGCAGGAAAGAGAAGUAAGGGAAAACACCCGUUCUCCUCCGGCCCCUCCUCCUGCCCCAGCCUCAGCGGAAUGGGUCAGAAAUCAGCGGAUUGGCAAGAAAGACUCAACAAGCUUAGAAGAUGAUGUGUUUCAAUCCAACCGGGGCUCUACAACAAUACAAGACCCAACAGAUCAAGACUUGCUAGCGAUGGAGUUGAGGGAUCGACUGACAGUGUUCCAGAAAAAAUCACCUUCCAUCAAACGAACCCCUGUUGUCUACAUCAGUUCUCAGUCCAGUCAUGAGGAGGUUGAGAAUUGGCUUAAACAAAAGGGAUUCAAUGAGCAAACGAGAUCCUACCUGAAAGGACUGAGUGGGGAAAAUAUGUUUAACUUAAACAAGAGUGAGCUUCAGAAGUUCUGUGGUCAACAGGAAGGAAACAGACUUUACUCCCAGCUGAUCCUUUCUCGGACUGUCACUGAGUACAAUCCAAACAAGUCAAUUGAGCUGUGUGAAAAGCUGGCCAAAGCUAAGCAAAAAGUUGAUGUUGAAAACAGCACUGAAGGACCAUAAAUUCUGUUGGUUGUGACCUAUGCCAUCUUUUAUGUGUAAAUUGAACUUAAGUAUCAAAAUUUAUAGUUAUAAUUUUAUUGGAACGGCAAGUCAAGUCUGCUGAAAAAGAAUAAAACACAAGAAGUAUGUAGAAGACUUGUUUGUUAGGGAUGAAUGUGCAGCUUAUUUAUAUCUUCUACAAAAAAAACCAUUAAUUGUAAAUUGUAAUAUUGUAUUUCAAUGAAGAUUAUAUUGCCAUAUUGUAUAAUAAAGUAUUUAUUGAUA